AUGGUGGAGAAGUACGUGUAUGAGAAACCAGACAGCUCGAAUUGGAAGUUGUCCGACCUCGAGCUGGGAGACACGUUAGGGACGGGCUCAUUCGGUCGUGUACGCAUCGCGAAGCUGAAGGGUACAAGCAAUUAUUAUGCUGUGAAGUGCUUGAAGAAGCGUGAGAUCAUCAAGAUGAAACAAGUACAGCAUAUUAAUCAAGAAAAGCAUAUCCUGAUGGAGCUUUCUCACCCGUUCAUUGUGAACAUGAUCUGCUCAUUCCAGGACGAGAAGCGUGUGUACUUCGUGCUUGAGUUUGUGAUAGGCGGAGAGAUGUUCACUCACCUUCGCUCUGCCGGUCGCUUCCCGAACGACGUAGCGAAGUUCUACCACGCGGAGCUUGUGCUGGCUUUCGAGUACCUCCACUCGAAAGACAUCAUCUACCGCGAUCUGAAGCCGGAAAACCUGCUCCUGGACGGCAAGGGCCACGUGAAGGUGACGGACUUUGGCUUCGCGAAGAAGGUGCCGGAGCGCACCUUCACUCUGUGCGGAACCCCGGAAUAUCUUGCACCCGAGGUGAUUCAAAGCAAGGGCCAUGGCAAGGCCGUUGAUUGGUGGACGAUGGGUAUCUUACUGUACGAAUUCAUUGCUGGCUACCCGCCGUUUUACGAUGACACACCGUUCCGUACCUACGAGAAGAUUCUCUCAGGCCGCUUCAAGUUUCCAAAUUGGUUUGACGCACGUGCACGAGAUCUUGUGAAGGGCUUGCUGCAGACUGACCACACAAAGCGCCUGGGCACGAUGAAGGGUGGCGUAGCAGAGGUGAAGAGCCACCCGUACUUCCAGGGUGCCAACUGGGAUAAACUCUACGCGCGUCACUACCCCGCCCCAAUUCCUGUAAAGACGAAGAACGCCGGCGACACGAGUAACUUUGAGCGGUACCCAGAAAGUCAGGAUGACCGUUUGGCUCCGCUGACCGCCGCGCAGCAAGCAGAAUUUGCUGGGUUCUAG